AUGUAUUGGUGGACACAAUUGUUUUCAGUGUUGUUUGCGGUGAUAAUCACAUCCAAGUGCUGCUGUUAUGCCCAACAAACUAAUGGCAAUCAAUCAGACAGUAGUAGUAGUAGUAGUUUAAGUGUUAGUUCAAACACAUCAUCAUCACUAUCACCGACAACAACGACAACGACAACAACAACAGUAUUACCGGUAAUAAUAGCCGGCAAUCAAACAACCGAUGAUAAUCAUAGGCAAACAAAUCUAACGAGUUUUGUCCAAUUUUUCGGUCAACUCGACGAUAACAGCACGGAAUCAGCCGAUAAUAAUAAUAUUAUUGACGACAAAAAAUUAUCGGAAAACACUACAACAACAACAAAAGUGGCCAAAAAUAGUAGCCGAAAAAAGUUUAGCUAUGAAAAAGAUGACGACAACAAUAAUGAUAAUAAAAAUACGGAUCCGUUACAUACGAGAGCUCAGUCGCAGAACCCGCAAAACUUGCCGCCGGCUCUCAGAGGAGGUGGUGGAGGACUGGGAGGCGGACAGCGUAUGGAUCCGCAAUUGGCCAGACUUUUGCAGAAUCCACAGAUCCGACAGUUGGCUCUACAAAACCCGGAGAUUACACAACAACUCAUACAGAAUCCACAACUGCUAAGAGAUCCCAGAGUUAUAAACUUAAUUAGAAGUCGUUUGGGCGAAGGAGGCGGCGGCGGACUAUUAAGUCUAUUGCCACAAGCACUGGGAGGUUUGGGUGGACUUAAUCCACUGGGAUUGGGAUUAGGUGGUGCCGGUGCUAAUAGACAGGGUGGUGCUGGUGGUCAGGGUUUUGGUUUGGGUGGUUCACAAAGAGGCCGACAAAAUAAUGCCAAUGCUGGAGGAGGCGGAGGUGGUGGAGGUAUUUUUGGUGCUCCCCGUGGUCUCAAUGGACGACAAGGAAAUAGACUUCGAAAUAAUGAAGAAAAUAUUGGCGGAGGAAUAUAUGGAAAUAAUCCAAAUUAUGGACAAAAUAAUAAUAAUAAUAACAGAGCUGUAGAUCCGACACCCAAUCAGGUGAACACCGAUAAUGAGGACAACAACUCAGGUACCGAUGACGCCGGUGGUGCCGAUGGUGGUGAAGAUGGCGGACAAGACUACGACAAUUCAGGACAAGAAGGCGGCGGUGGCGGCGAUGAGGGCCAGGAAGCGCAGGACCCGAAUCAGGAUCCGUCCAACGAUCCGGAUAUACAACAGUUGCAGAAUCUGGGCGGCGGUCUGGGAGACAACUUUCCCGAAGGAUUGUUUCCGCCGGGAUUGUUGAGCAAAGAAGAUAUCCAAGAGAUUAGGAAACAACAGGAAAAACAGGCCAAAGAACAGGCAGAUAAACAACGACAACAACAACAACAACAGCAACAGUCUAACAAUGGCGGACAGGCUGAUGGAGGGGAAGGUCAAGACUAUGAUGAGGGCGAAGACGGAGAGGGAGCAGCCGAAGGUGAUGGUAGUGAAGGUGCAGAUCAAGAAGGAGGAGGAGCUGAUGAAGGAGAGGAAACACCUGAAAAUGGCGGCGAAGGUGACGGUGGAGAAGCUGGCGAUACAACUACUGCCGAACCGGAAAAGCCGACCACUACUACAGCUGCGGUAACUAAUAAUAAUCAACAAAACAACCGAAACUCCAGAUAUCGGCCAGAGUUCGGUGGUGUGAGACAGUCGUCGGUGAACAACCCGGGCGUCGAAUACGACGAAAUUCUUGAUGAAAACACACCUAUACUUAAACCACCGGCAGGUCAUCAGUCAAAUCGUUUGGCUAAUACAGGCAACAGUGGAAAGGCUAUACCGCCGGCAAUACCUGUGCCCGGCGUUCACUAUAACAACAACAACAAUCAGCAGCCAUACUAUAAUACUCAACCACAGUCUGGUAUAUAUCAACAACAACCGGUAGUACCACAGCAAGGAUAUCGGCCACAACCACCACCACCUGCACAGUACGGACAACAACCACCAUAUCAAUACUAUCCACAACAACCACAACAGCCCUAUCAGCCACAGUAUGGUCAGCAGCCGCCUCCACCGCCACCACCUCAUCAUCAACCAUACGUUCCUCAACAACAACCGCCAUAUACUGGCGGCCAACCAUAUGUACCGCAGCAACCGCCGCCGCCGGCUAACCAGCAAUACUAUCCACAACACAACCAACAGUUUGGAUACAAUAAUCCCCAACAAUAUCAACCACAACCAUAUGGACCAUAUGGACAGUAUGGUCCAUACGGCAGCGGCGGAAGCGGUAACAGUAGAGUAGGACAACAACAACAACAGUCAUCAGUACCCAGUUUUGGCCAAAAUAACAGCCAAUUCGGUGGUAGUAGAAGAGGUACUUCAACUGGCGGUAGACGAUCGCAGACAACAACAACAGGAUUUGACCCGAACAUAGCCAACCAUAAGGUCAAUACCAUUCCGCACGAUGACGCCGAAGAUGUCAACGAUGGUAGUUAUGAGGAACAGUCGUUUAGGACGCCAAACCCCCAAUUGAAUGGCCGAUCGUUUGAACAGAGACCGCGUAUCUUUUCAUCGUCGGCCACCACACACAACCAUAUGCCGUCCAAUAUGACAACAGUAGUACCGACGGCUACAUCGGUAUCAGUGCCAGUAAACAGCCGAUCAUUGAAUAAGUUUAAUGUCGACAACAAUAGCCGAAGUCGGGUCAAUACAAUCAAUGUGGACAACGACUCGACAUUCAGUAGAUUUGGAUUAUUUUAA